AUUCUGUCUCAACCUAAUGUCACCACACCACUCCAUCAGUAACCAUGCAGCUCCCCCAUCUCAACCGUCCAUCCUCGUUUCACCUCCCAAAUCAACCUCCAUCUCACCGUCGAACCUCAAAACCUCUCUGUAUGCCGCACAUCUGAAAAUUUCCCGGCGGCUAUUAUACCGUGUGCGUUGGUUGUAGUAGUAAUCCGUACCUAUUUAUUGUCUUUCUUCCUGGCUCUGUGAAUUCCGUUCCGGGAGAGAGAGAGAGAAAGAUUCUUAGACAGAGAAAGCGGAGAGAGAGAGUAAUCGUGGGAGUGGAAUGUCGAGUCCAGAGGCAAAAUUGGGGAUGCAAGUGGAGGAUCUGUGGGACAUGAUAUUAGAGCCACAACUAAGUCCUACUGAAAAGCUCAACGCCUGCUUCGAGAGCAUCCCCGUCUCUGCUUUUCCUCCCGCUCCUUCUUCUCAAGUUAUUGAGAUAAAUUCAGAUGCUAGCCUGGCUGAAGCGGUCCAGUUGAUGUCCGAACACAAAGUUCUUAGUGCGCCAGUUGUGGAUGUGGAUGCGCCCAAGGAUGCUAGUUGGAUUGACAGAUAUAUAGGCAUUGUUGAGUUUGUGGGCAUUGUCGUAUGGAUUCUGCAUCAGUCUGAAAAGGAAGAUGGAUCUGAUGGCUUAGAGUUACCUAACGGUGAACCUGAGUUUAAAAUUGGGCCUGCUGUUGCAGCUGCAGUUAGCGGAGUGUCUUCUCCUAGAAAACGUGGAAACUUAAGCCCUAGAUCUGCCGCAAUAAUUUCUGGAAAGUUUUUCGAGGCCCUGACUUCUUCCGACUUCUAUAGAAACACAAAGGUUCGCGACAUAUCAGGGUCUUUCCGAUGGGCACCAUUUCUUGCUUUGCAGAAAGCUAACUCCUUUUUGACCAUGCUUUUGCUACUAUCAAAGUACAGAAUGAAGAGCAUUCCCGUGGUGGAUCCAGGGGAAGGGAAGAUUGAUAACAUCAUUACACAGUCUGCUGUUAUCCACAUGUUAGAGGAAUGUUCUGGUCUUCAUUGGUUUGAAAGCUGGGGCACUAAAAAACUUUCUGAACUUGGUCUUCCUUUGAUGAAGCCCAGUCGUAUCUUUAAGGUCUAUGAGGAUGAAACAGUACUGCAGGCAUUUAAACUGAUGAGAGAAAAGGGAGUUGGUGGGGUACCAGUGGUUGAAAGGGGUGGAAGGAAGGCAGUUGGUAACAUUAGCAUCAGAGAUAUCCAAUUCCUUCUGAUUGCCCCAGAGAUCUACAAUAACUACAGAUCUAUCACGGCAAAGAAUUUCCUGACGGCAGUUAGAAGCUACCUCGAGGAGCAUAAAGAGCCAUCACCAUUAUUGAACGGCAUGGUGACGUGCAAAAGAGAGAACACAAUAAAAGAAGUAAUUGCGAUGCUCGACUCCAAGAAGAUCCAUCGGAUUUAUGUCGUGGACGAUGAUGGGAAUCUGGAGGGGGUGAUCACUCUCAGAGACAUAAUCUCAAAGCUAGUACACGAGCCUCGGGGUUACUUUGGCGAUUUCUUUGAUGGUGUUUUGCCACUGCCAGAGAACAGCAGGGUUUGAAAUGUACCAUAAGUUUUCGGUUCUCAUGCCCACUGAUGACUGAUGGACUCUUAGUUAUUGACCUGUUUUUUUGUGUGUGAUCUCUGUGACAGUUUAACUGGAGGCUGGUAGGAGGUGGUGUGUCACACAGGGAAAGAAGCUCUUUGUAAUUGUUGUGAGAGAAACUCCUCCAGUGCGCGCCCUUUUGUAGAUAAAAUAAAAUAAUGGAAGUUCUCUUCUUGUGUGCCUCGUA